GAACAAUAUGGCUACUUCCAGGAACUUUGCCUCUAAUUUUAUGAUACAAGGAAAAGAAAAAGCCCCAUUGGUUACUAUCUGUGCCACGGAUCGCGAUCCUAGUGCCCCUACUUUAAAGCACUUGCAACCGUUGGUUUCUCUUCCCAUCAACGGCUACGCGUUUCCUUUUCGUGUUUCAGAAAACCCUUUCCAAAUUCCCGCGCCAUUCUCUCUUUCCUCUCGGUCUAUAAAUAUUCUCCCAAAUCUCAUUCCCAUACCCACCCACUGCAAUUUCCUUCGCUUUCUUCAGAGUUUAAAAUUCCCAAUUUCUUACACUUUCUCCGUCGAAUCUCUUCUCGACAUGGCUCGUACAAAGCAGACAGCUCGCAAGUCCACCGGAGGCAAGGCACCACGUAAGCAGCUGGCGACGAAGGCUGCCCGUAAGUCCGCUCCAGCCACUGGCGGUGUGAAGAAGCCUCACAGGUUCCGUCCGGGGACGGUGGCGCUGAGGGAAAUUAGAAAGUACCAGAAGAGCACCGAGCUCCUCAUCCGAAAGCUUCCGUUUCAGAGGCUUGUGAGGGAAAUUGCACAGGACUUCAAGACUGACUUGAGGUUUCAGAGUAGCGCUGUUUCCGCGCUUCAAGAAGCCGCUGAAGCCUAUCUUGUGGGGUUGUUCGAGGACACCAACCUCUGCGCUAUUCACGCCAAGAGGGUUACCAUUAUGCCCAAAGAUAUUCAACUCGCUCGUAGAAUUAGAGGCGAGAGGGCUUGAAAAGGCUUAAAGAGACUGUUGAAAUGUUUAGUGGGUAUGGUUAGGGUUCUGCCUUUGAAUGCUAUGGCUUGGGUUUGGCCUUUGGCUUAGUUGUAAGAAUGGUGUAAUUGUUUCCUUGUGGAAUAUGAAAUGUGAAUCUAUCUUUUGAAUGCCAAAUGCUUUCUUUAUC